AUGCGUUUUUCUUUCGUCCUUUCUUUUUUAUUUCUUCGCUUCUUUUUCUUUUCCUUUUUUUUUCCUCUGUUUUUUUACCUCAUUUUCUCUUUCUCUUUCCUUUGCUGCAAUUCCUCCUACUCUCUUUCCUUUGCCUUUCCUCCUCUUCCUCUCUCUUUCCUUUCCUUAUUUGCUCCUCCCUUCUCUUUCCUUUGCCUCAUUUAUUCCGCCUGUCUCUCUUUCCUUUCUUUAUUUCCUCCUCUCUCUUUCCUUUGCCUCAUUCCCUCCUCCUCCUCUCUUUCCUUUCCUUAUUUCCUCCUCUCUCUUUCCUUUGCCUCAUUCCCUCCUCCUCCUCUCUUUCCUUUCCUUAUUUCCUCCUCUCUCUUUGCUUUGUCUCAUUUCCUCCUCUCUUCUCUCUUUCUUUUAAAUCAUUUCCGUCUCCUCCUCUCUCUUCCCUUUGCCUCAUUUCCUCCUCCUUCUCUCUUCUUUGCCUUACUAUGCCGAGAGAGUUUCAUGCAGAGAGAUGUUUUAAACCUCGCUUCGCUAACCUUUUGUAUAAGCCGUGAGUUAAAUUCUUACCGAGUGUUCUAG